GGGCGCUCCUGGCUCCCCCCGCCCCCACGCCCUGCUCGGGACUUCUCCCAAAGUUUGCCGCGUUUCUGGGCCCGGGAUGGAGGGGUCCUGUCCCCGCGGGAGGGGCUCAGACCCCCUCCCCGCCCUCCUCCUCCUCCUGGCCUGUUGCUUCGGACCUGGCGCAACGUCCCGCGCAGCAGCCCCUCGCAUUCGAGACAGACCAAGUCCUCCUCUGGACGUUCUGCUGGAGGCCUUAAACUGUACAGCUUUCAAAGUUCAAUGGCAAAUGCCCAGGCAUCAGGUGAAGGUCAUCACUGGGUACACAGUGUUUUACUCUGAGGAUGGGGGGGACAAACUCCUAAAACAUCUGUCACUCGAUGUGCCCAUCAGCCAAGACAUGCUCAAGAGGGAUCACCUGGAGAGCAAAGCAGUCUUUGAAGUGGCGAUUGGGAAUUUAAAACCCGGCACACCAUAUCGUGUGAGUGUGGGAGCUUAUGGUUGGGCAGGAAAAGGCCGACCCAGCUCACCCCGACACAUCACAACUUUAUUCCCAGAGACAUGCAUGGCCCCUGCUCCCCCUUAUCCACCUCAGGGGAUUGUGAUAUCUGAUUCAGAGGUCGCCCUGUCAUGGAAGCCUGGAGACAGUGAAGGCAGUUCACCCAUCCAGUAUUAUUCUAUGGAAUUUCUCAGGCCUGAUCUUGACAGUGCUUGGACUCUAAUUAAAGAGCAGAUACCAACGGUCUCUAUGGUGCUCAAGGGACUCAUUCCAGAUACCCAGUACCAGUUUGUGGUAAGGGCGGUGAACGCCUUUGGAGCAAGCACACGCAGUGCGCCCAGCGCCAUUGUCCGAACCCGCCGCUCCGAGGAGGCCGGGAGCGGCAGCUAUGGACCCAGGUAUGUCACGGAUCCGGAGGCUGGCGACGACGACGGAUUCGAUAUCGACGACUCCGACUUUGACAUUUACAUCGAAGAGGUCAAACCACUUCCUGCCAUCAAAGGAGGCAACAGGAAACUUGUGUUGGACACCCAGGACCCCUCUGGAUCUUACUCCAGGAUCCAUUCGAGGCUUUUUACCAACGUGUCCUCACCUCUGGCCACCACCACCAGUGACCAGACCCAGCCCACUAUGACUGCGAAGAUAAAGCUGGGUCACCCGGCCGUGCCGGUGAGGCGGUCCAACCUGUCCUGUGACGAAGCAGUCUGCCCAGCGGAGAGCUUCUGCGCCAACGAUUAUGAGCACGGUGGCUCCCGAUGCCACUGCCAACUUGGCAAAGGUGGUGCGAGCUGUUCUGAAGACGUUGCUAUUCAAUACCCUCAGUUCUUUGGACACUCCUAUGUAACCUUUGAACCAUUGAAGAACUCUUAUCAGACGUUUCAGAUCACUCUUGAAUUUAGGGCAGAAGCAGAGGACGGGUUGCUGCUGUACUGUGGGGAGACGGAACACGGACGAGGUGAUUUUAUGUCCCUGGCAAUAAUCCGGCGCUCUCUCCAGUUCAGAUUCAACUGUGGGACCGGGGUUGCUGUGCUGACGAGCAAAACCAAAAUCCAACUGGGCAGCUGGCACACGGUCACUGUCUACAGGGAUGGGCUGGAUGGCCUGCUGCAACUGGAUGGUGAUGAUGAUGACCCCGUGACAGGCCAAUCCCAGGGCCAGUACAGUAAAAUCACGUUUCGGACCCCUUUCUACCUCGGAGGGGCGCCUAGGGCCUCCUGGCUGAUCAGAGCUGCGGGAACGAACCGAGGCCUUCGGGGCUGUGUCCAGGCCUUAGUGGUCAAUGGGAAGAAAGUAGACAUGAGGCCUUGGCCACUGGGGAAGGCACUCAGCGGUGCCGAUGUAGGUGAGUGUAGCAGCGGUGUCUGCGACAAGGCAUCCUGCAUCAACGGUGGCACCUGCACAGCCGACAGAGCGGAUUCACACAUUUGCCUGUGUCCCCUGGGGUUUAAAGGUCGCCACUGCGAAGACGCCAUUACUGUGGCCAUCCCUCAGUUCCACGAGGCCCUGAGGUCCUUCGCCACCACUCCCUGGCCCCUGGAGCCCCAGAACUACUUGUCCUUCAUGGAGUUUGAAAUAGUGUUCCGUCCCGAGGCGGGAGAUGGCAUCCUUCUGUACAGCUAUGACACGGACAGCAAAGACUUUCUGUCCAUCAACCUGGCCGGCAGCUAUGUGGAGUUCAGAUUUGACUGUGGUUCGGGAACAGCGGUGCUCAGGAGUGAGGACCCCAUCAUCCUAGACCAGUGGCAUGAACUCCGGGUGUCUCGGACGGCCAAGAAUGGACGUCUUCAGGUGGACCAGCAAAGGACAGUGGAAGGGAUGGCGGAGGGGGCCUUCACCCAGAUCAAGUGCAACUCUGACAUAUUUCUCGGUGGAGUUCCCGACUACGACAACGUGAAGAAGAACGCGGGCAUCCUCCGGCCCUUCACGGGGAGCAUUCAGAAGAUCAUCCUGAACGACAGGCCCAUCCGUGCGGGGCAGGAUUUCACGUUCGGGGUGAACGUGGAGAACACCGCCCACCCGUGCGUGCCCAGCCCCUGCGCCCACGGGGGCAGCUGCCGGCCCAAGAAGGAUGGGUACGAGUGCGACUGCCCGCUGGGCUUUGAUGGGCAGCAUUGCCAGAAAGCUGUGACGGAGGCCAUCGAGAUCCCUCAGUUUAUCGGCCGCAGUUAUCUCACGUAUGACAACCCAGAUAUCCUCAAAAGGGUCUCGGGAUCGCGCUCCAACGCCUUCAUGAGGUUUAAGACCACGGCCAAGGACGGGCUGCUGAUGUGGAGAGGGGACAGCCACGUGAAACCCAACAGUGACUUCAUCUCCCUUGGACUACAGCAGGGCAUGCUUGUGUUCAGCUAUAACCUGGGCAGUGGCGUGGCGUCCAUCGUGGUCAACGGCUCUUUCAGUGAUGGCCGGUGGCAUAGAGUGAAGGCGGUACGCGACGGACAGUCGGGAAAGGUCACUGUGGACGACUACGGGGCCCACACCGGAAAGUCUCCUGGCCAGAUGCGGCAGCUCAACAUCAACGGGGAUCUCUACAUAGGCGGCGUGAAAGAAAUCGCCCUGCACACCCACCGCCAGUACCUGCGGGGCCUCGUCGGCUGCAUCUCCCACUUCACCCUCUCCACCGAUUACCACGUGUCGCUGGUGGAAGAUGCCACCUCCGGCAAAAAUAUCAACACCUGUGGCGAGAAAUAGCCCCUCCACCCUUGCCCGUGGGAAACU